AUGGAGUGUGAGAUGGAUUGGCGGUUUGGUGAGGCAUCUGCAGUACUGAGGACGUUGUACCAGACCAUUGUGGGGAAGAAGGAGCUAAGUCAGAAGUGUGGUCACCCAUCUCAGUACUGUCGCCUGAACCUUCACGUCCCCGUCUUGGUCAUCUAUUUUGAUGGUGAGAGUGACCUGCGCCCAGACUUCCGCCUUUCAAGACUGACUGUUGCCCACCUUAUCCAGCUCCUUCGCUCUCCACUAGACCACGGCUGGGGUCAUGACCUGGAGGUUUUGGUCUUCCUCUUCUGGAUGGCAAGCGCAACAUCAUACCGUGUCGUGUCCAGAGCGUUUGCCAUCCCACGAUCAACGGUCCAUGACAUCAUCCACAGGGUCACCGAAAAAGUCCUCAGGCUGAAGAACAGGCUGAUCUUUUUCCCCUCAGCUGAUCAGCUCCAAACAACCGGGGCAGGGUUCGAACGUUUGGCUGGAUCUGCAGCGUUUGCCAGGGUUGUGGGCAGCAUUGACGGCUGCCACAUCCGCAUUAAGCCACCAAGUGCUGAUGCCCAAUGCUAUUUUAACAGAAAGUUGUUUCAUUCUAUCCAACUACAAGCAGUGUGUGACCACCAGUGCCAGUUUCUGGACAUAUUUGUUGGGUACCCUGGCUCUGUCCAUGACGCCAGAGUUUUAAAGAACAGCCCCCUUUAUGUCCAGAAAUUAUAUCCACCUGAAGGCUUCCAGAUUCUUGGAGAUGGUGGGUAUCCCUGCACCUCAGAACCACUCGCCCUCAUCACCCCUUACAGGGAGCCUGUCCGAAACCCUGUUGAGGCCAGAUUCAACAGGCACCACGCCAAGGCCCGUUCCGUGGUUGAGAGGGCAUUUGGGAUCAUGAAGGCCAGGUGGCGCUCAAUUUUUUUCAAGGCCUUAGAGGUGAAGCCACAAUUUGCUGUCAAAGUGAUAGCUUGCUGUGCAAUUCUCCACAAUCUCUGCCAAAAGGAUGGAGAUAUUCUGGAGCCUGUGGAGGAGGCACUGGGGCCGGAUGAUGGCGGAGAUCAGGUACAGCCAGAUUUGGCAUGUGGAGAACGGCUGCGUGGUCGCAUUGCUGCUGCUGUUUCAGCGCCAGUUAACAACCCUCCAGCUCUGCAGGACCAUGAUUAUUAA